GUGCUUCCUGUACCUGGAUAUCUGUUUCUUUCUGCAGGUUUGGGAAGUUUUCAGCCAUAAUUUUAUCAAAUACAUUUUUGACCUGUCUCUCUCUCUCUCUCUUCUCCUUCUGGGACUCCUAUAGUGCAAAUCAUGGUUUGCUUAAUGUUAUCCUAGAGAUCUCUUAAACUCUUCUGUUUUUCUUUUUGCAGCUCUGAUUGGGCAAUUUCCAUUAUUCUAUCUUCCAGGUCACAUAUGCAUUCUUUUGUAUCACCCAGUCAGCCGUUAAUUCCUUUGAUUGUGUUUUUCAUUUCAGUUAUUGUAUUCUUUGGUUCUGGCUGGCUCUGUUAUAUGUUUUCUAUUUCCUUAUUAAAAUUAUCACUGUGUUCAUCUACUCUUUAAUUUAGUUAGCAUUCUUAUUACUAAUACUUUGAACUCUUAUCUGGUACAUUAUUUCUGUUUCAUUACUUGUUUUUUCAGGGGUUUUCUCUUGUUCUUUCCUUUGAAUUAAAUUUCUCUAUCUCUUCAUUUUGCUUAACUUUCUCUGUCUCUAUGAAAUUAGGUGAAACAUUUAGCUAUCCUGGAAUUGAAGGGGUGUCCUUGUAUGGAAGCAUCCCUGUGCAGUCUGUAUGUGCCCAGUGUCUUUGGUGGCACAGCUACAUCUGACGUUGAGCAUAAGUCCCUCUUCCCCAGUGGUGUGCUAGCAGCUAUCACCAGGGUAGGAGGUAGGGCUAGAAGCAGAAGGGCUAGAGCAAGAGCCAGUUGUGAGCCAGGGCUUCUCCUCGGUUUGGUGGCCAACACCACACUAUCAGGGUCGGGGUGGGUUCCACGUUGCUGGCUCAGAAGACCUGAGGGUUGGUCUGAUCUGGCUCCAUUCCCUCUAAGUGUGUGCUCUCCCCGCUCCCAGCACAGGCACACUCACCCAGAGGGGAACAGCGCUGGAGCAAGAGGAGCUGGAGUGGGUGCUUGGUAUGGGUUGGAGUGCAGACCGUGGUAGUGCCGGCACUAGUCGGAGUCCUGGACAGCUCCUGAUCUUCUGCCUUCAUAGGCACCAGCAAUGUCCAGAUGCUGUGCUAAGUCUGAGCUACCUCUUUCUCUCACAACUGCAUACUCCUCUCAGCCAUGGCAGCCCUCUCUCCAGUGUGGAGCUGCACUGGGAGCAAGAGGGGCUGGAGCAGGUGCUCUGCGCAGGCUGGGGUGUGUGUUAGGCAGUGGUGGGAAACCAGCCAGAGUCCCUAUGAGUUUCAAUCUGCUUCCUCUGCCUUUUUUUGGGAGUAAGCCAGUGUAUGCACGCUCUUCAUGAGCGGAGUCUUGGUUCGUUAUAGUCCUGCUAUCAAUCCCAGUUUUUUGAAUCAGCUAAGGGGACUUGUCCUCCUGGUGCCAGACCCUAGGGCGUAGUGCUCAGUGGUUCUCACCACUCACUCCCCAGGGAGGAUCUCUGAGCCUGUGUAAUUCCCCCUCCUCUUCUGUGUACCCUCCCAGGAGUGUAGGUCCCGAUCUGAUCACUUCUCUCCCUUCUACCCAAUUACAUGCGAAACUUUCUUACAGACUUGGUUGUAUAAGAGUCUUUCUGCCAGUCUCCAGUUUGUUUUCAGUGAGAAUUGCUCCACACGUAGAUGUAUUUUUGAUGUUUCACGGGGUGAGGUGAGCUCCGCGUCCUCUUACUCCACUAUCUUGAUCUAUCUCCUCUAUAAACUUUUAUAUUUAUUGUCAAAUUGCCCUCCAUUGGGCAUUGAUAAUAUUUGGAAGUACCUGAUACCCCUGGCAUCACCACAGAUCACGUCACAAAACUGUUGCACUUUUGGCAGUUUGAUAAAAUGGUAUCUCACAGUAGUUUUACUAUUAUGAGGGUGGAUACCUUUUAAUAUGCUUAGAAAUCACUUAUUUUUCUUUUUCUGUAAAUGGUCCAUUCAUAUCCUUUGACUAUUUUUCUACUGGCUUUUGUUCCUUUUAAUAUCUAUUUCUACAUGAUCCUUAUAUAUGAAGACAGCAUUGGUCCAUUUUUUUUUCAAAUUGAACUGUAUGCCUAUUUUUCCUCAGGCACUAAAAUUAUAUUGGCUCAUUCCAGAAAUUCAUAUUAAAGGUGAUGUGUAUAUAAAAGAAAAGCUAUAGACGUAGACAAUCCACCCAGGGAUCAAUCUGUGUCAUGGUGGGUGUAGUGAGGCAUGCACCUCACCUCAGCUCUGGUUCUCAGAGUGGGAUGCUGUCAGCCCUGCCGUUUGUUUCUGCCUGUAUCUGCAUUGUCCCUGGAGGUCUACUGGCAGAUUUUCUCCUCUCCAGAAAAAUCCUCAGACUCAAUACCAUCAGGAAACUCUUCACUGCCAUAGGGGUUCUCCUCCCAUCUGCGUUCUUCAUGUCCCUUUUCGGGGUCAGAUCCAGCUUCAGUGCCACCAUGGCCUUCUUGAUACUGUCUUCUGCUACCAAAAGCCUCAGCCAAUCAGGAGCCCUUGUCAACUUCAUGGAUAUUGCUCCUCGGUACAGUGCCUUACUCAGGGGACUAUCACAGAUCUUUUCUUACAUAGCGGGAGCCAUCUCUCCCACAGUUGCCGGAUUUUUCAUCAGUCAUGACUCAGAGUUCAUGAGGAAUGUCUUCUUGCUUUCAGCUGCUGUGAACAUAGCAGGCCUGUUUUUCUACCUCAUCUUUGGCCAAGCAGAGGUGCAGGACUGGGCUAAAGGUAGAGGUGCACCCGCUUCUGAGCAAACCGAGUGACGAAUUAGAUGCCAGUGCUUAGUUGUUCACUGUUUGCCCUCAUGGACAUUCCCCUGACUUACAGUUCUACCCCAAAAUGGGCUGUCCUUAAAGUACAGAAAUCUCAGAUUUUCCACUGGCCCAUACACCUAGGACAUGGAGGAGUGAGUGUUGCAAAUUAUGGAAAGGCUCUUUCGUAAAGUCUUAGAAUAAAAUUUUAUCUUCUUGUGCUUGCUUUCGGUUUAUUUAACAAUCAUUUAUAAGGCAACUAAUGCAGAGUGGAAGACAAAUAAACCCAAAUUUAAAAUUCAGAUGUGUUACUUUUUACAAACAAUACAUGGACAAAAGAGAUGCCCACAGGGUGUGCAUGGUGGCAGGGGCUGGCCUCCUAGGAAUCUCCAUGCCAUCUUCUUCCUUGGGCUGGUGACUGCCCCUCAGUCCCAGCUUGUGUGCUGGUCCCUCUCCCCCUCAAUAAGGAGUUCAGACCCAGGCUCUCCUAGUGCUGUUUUACACUAAGUUUUGUAGAGAAAGAAAAAAGCACACAUAAAUGUCACUGAGUCCUGAUACCCAGUGGAUAUAAGAAAGCUUUACAACAGUUCGGAGGAAUAGUCUGGCUUAGUAUAUUUUUUCAAGUUGUUUUCUUUGUCCCAAUUAGUUUAUCCUAGGCAUUUGUUACACUUCUCAUCUCUUGACAUAAAAACGGUGCAAUUUUAUCCUCCUUACUCGUUCUUACUCUCAAAAGUCUCUGAGUGAGAGGUCUGAACAAUUCCAAUAUCUUGCUAGGUCCAAGCACGUGGUAUGAAACCAUCCACCAUUUGCUCUAUACCUAUGCUGUAUCCUGAAAAUAAAAACACUGCACACUCCUGGGGUUUGGGACUCAGGUAGUUUGAUAUUGCUGCUCUCCCUAAUAGGAAUACAUUUUAUCCGCAGCAUUCACAAGGCACACUUUUUGUACUUGACCAAAUUCCCAUUCUUUGUAAAUAUUUGUUACUAAGAAAAUGAAAAUGAAACUUCUUUUUGUGAUCCUCCACCAACCACACACUCUGGUUCUGCUCAGAAACAUUCCCAGUCCUUUCAAAGAACAAGCUACCAAAACCUGUGGCAAUUGGGACAGUGCUAUCUGGCAAACUGGACUGAAACCCAGCUUCACCUGGUUAGCAGGUGUCCAGAUCAAUUCAUCUGAUGUAAUGUUCUCCAAAACCUAAAAAGGGGAAGUGGCCAAGGUGCUUAAUUUGGGUAUCAGUACAGGAGCCUAUCUGGGGCAGUGAUGAGGAAGGCACACUAAAACAUGCCAUUCAUACAAACAGACAUUUUCUGGGUUUCCCAGUAGAAACAGUUACUUACGUUGCCUAAUAACUACCGGUAAGUACCCCCACAUGUGUUUCUACGUGUUAGCUGAAUAUAAACAUUCCUUUAACGUAAGCAACCAUGAUGCGUUUUAUCCACAGGAGGGAAAAUACUAUGCAACACAGGUAUUUCACCCAAGACUGAGAAAAAAGUUGACAUCUCUCACCAACAUGUCACUGCUUUAAGUGCACAUAGUCCAUGGGAAGAAAUAAAGAUUUAUCUGUUUCCUCUUUUCUAGGAUGGCCUGUAUCCGGCCAAAUUUACGGUGACUAAUUCUGUAACAGGGUGUAUGAUGAUGUUACAUUGAAGACUUGCUGUAGGUGGCCAUAUAUAACAGACAUGAAAUUCCAACGUGGGGUGUUAGGGUACCUCACAGAUAUUGCUCAGGAUGUGAUUUUUAAAAAGUCAUAUGGUUCUAAAACAAUUUAGGAUUACAUAAAAGUAAAAGCCUCAGGAGAGUGGAGUUAGAGAAAGGCUUUGAAAAAAAUUUUAAAUGUGUGUUUUCCCUAUAAGAUCAAGAACAAGACAAGGAUGUCCACUACUGCCAUUUCUAUCCAACAUCCUAGUAGAGGUUCUAGGCAGGGCAUCUAGGCAAGAAAAAGGAAUAAAAGUCACUUAGGCUGGAAGAGAAGAAAUAAAACUAUAUUCACAGAUGACAUAAUCUUCUAUAUAGAAAUUGUAAAGAACCACUAAAAAACUAUUUGAAUAAUAAAUGAGUUCAGCAAGGUUUCAGGAUACAAGAUUGAUAUACAUAAAUCAGUCAUAUUUCUAUAUACUUGCAAUGGACAAUCCAAAAAUUAAACUAAUUUCAUUUAAAGUAGCAUAAAAAAGAAUAUAUUUAGGAAUAAAAUUAACAAUAGAAAUGUAAGACUUAUACUCUGAAAAGUAUAAAACAUUGUUGAAAGAAAUGAGAGAAGAUCUAAAUGAAUGAAAAGAAUUGACGUUCAUGGAGUGGAAGACUUCAGUACUGUUAAAAUGGCAAAACUCCUGAAAUUGAGCCAUAGAUUUAAUUAACUUUCUAUCAGAAUCCAAGCAAUUUCUCUGUGGAAAUUGACAGGCUGAUUCCAAAAUUAAUACAGAAUUGCAAGGGACCCAGAAUAGCCAAAACAUUCUUGAAAAAGAAGAACCAAGUUCGAGGACUCACACUUCAAAGCUCUCUACAAAGCAACAGUAAUCAAGACAGAGUUGUACUAGCAUAAGGAUAAAUAUACAGACCAGUGGAAUCGAACUGAGUCCAGAAAUAAACCAAAGUGUCUAUGGUCAACUGAUUUUUGACAAACAUGCCAAGACCAUUCAAUGGGGAAAGAAUAGUCUUUUUAACAAAUUGUCCUGGGAUAACUGGAUAGCUACAUUCUAAAGAAUGAAUCUGGACCUUUAAUUCACACCAUUUACAAAAAUUAAAUUAGAUAAAAAUAGAUCAAAGAUCUAAAUGUAAGAGCUAAAAUAAUAAAAUUCUUUGAAGAGAACAUAGGGGUAAAUCCUUCACAACCUCAGACUUGGCAACGGUCUCUUAGAUAUAAUACCAAAAGCAUAAGCAACAAAAAAAAUUGAUAAAGUAGACUUCAUAAAUAUUAAAAACUUUUGUGUGGCAAAGAACACUAUCGAGAAAGUGAAAAGAAAACCUCCGAAUGGGAGAAACUAUGUGCAAGUCACAUAUCUGAUAAGGGUCUUAUAUAUAGAAUAUAUAAACUCAACAACAAAAAGACAAACAACCCAAUUAAAAAAUGGGCAAAACUUGAAUAAACAUUUUUUUGAAGAAGAUAUAAAUAUGACCAAUAUGCAAUGAAAAGAUGCUCACCAUCAUUAAUCAUUAGGGAGGUGGUGUUUUUUGUCCCCUUUCUAGAAACCAGCUGUAACUUUAGGCCACUAAAGUUACAUGAGCCACUUCUGAACCAGCAGUGCCCAGGCGCCAGGCCCUGCUGUGAAGGCUGAAGCAAAGGUCAGGGCUUGGUCUGCAUGACUUUCCUUCCCAUGCUCAUCCAAGUGGUGCUCUGCCUCUGAGUUUGGGUAAGAGAGGCAUCAGGACAACUCGUAUCAGGUCACCUAGCAGAGAUCAACCAUUCCUGGGCUCAGUGAGGAGGUAUGCUGUGUGUCUGACAGGGUCUUGGUGCUCCAGCUGGGUAUCAGGCCUGAACUUUGAAGUAGGAGAGCCGAAUUCAGAACAUUGGACCACCAGAGACCUCCUGGCCCCAUGUAAUAUCAAUCAGUGAGAGCUC